CAGUCAAAGUUUAACUGUUGUGAUCAGUAAGUGAUGUCAAACAACAAACUUAUAAAUUAAAACAAACAUAUUUUAAUGGGUUUUCCCUUAAAAACUUUUCAUUAGUUAUUAGUUAACUUAAAAACUCUUAUUAAGAGUCUAUUUAAUAACAACUAAGUUUUCUUUAAUUAUUAGUAUCUUAUUUUUUCAAAAAAAAAAUAAUUUAUUAUAGUGUGUGAGUGUUAGUAAUUGUAUUAUUAUUUUUUAAAAAAUUGUUUUGUUAAUUAAAUAAUAAUAAUAAUAAAUAGUCAAAAAUGACAAUUAAUAAGUCUAAUGGUGAUCCGGCAACAUUGAAAAAGCAGCAGGCUAAUAAUGGUACCGGUGCUGCUAAUAAUGGUAACUGUCAAAAUCAAUUUACUGAAUGGGAAAAAUAUGCAUACACAUCAGUUAUGUGUUUUACCAUGAUCACAUAUGGUAUAUGCAAUUCAACAUUUUUUCCGGCUUUUGUCGAUUUGAAGUAUGCAUUGAAUACAUCCCUAAAUAUGAUUGCAUUAAUCUCAACAUUCAUGUGUUUCGGCUAUAUUAUGGGCUCAUUAAUUGGUUUUUUAUACAAAUAUAUAAACCGUCAGUUAACAUUAAUCAUAUUGUUAAUUAUCAUGGGAUUGACUGUCAUAUUCAUACCAUAUUCCGAGCAUUUAUGGCAACUAUACAUGUAUUUUGUACUAAUCGGUAUGUGUGCCGGUACCUGGAAUAGUACCAACAAUGUAUGGCUUAUCGAAAUGUGGCAAAAACAAUCAGGACCCAUAAUGCAACUGUCCCAGUUUACCUAUGGCAUUGGUACUAUUUUGGGUCCAUUGAUUGACAGAUCCUAUUUGUUGGGAGAGAUUCACCAUUUGAACGGUGAUGGCGGUGGUAGUGGUGGACAUUUUGGUGGUCACGGUGGUGGUGGUGGUGGUACUACUAGUAUCGAUAGUGAUUUAGGUUUCAAUGUGACAUCAAUGAAUGUGUUCAAUAAAACCGGUGCAGUCUAUGAUGAUAGCGAAGAAAGGAAACGACUCCUGAAAACACCGUUCCUUAUCAGCGGAUGUUUGCAUUUGAUUGGUCCGUGUUUAAUGUUAAUAAUGUUUUUGGUCAAAAAGUAUCGGUACGUACCGAUUAAGGCUAAAGAGAUCGAGGACAAGUCGAAAUUGAAACUGUUUGAUCGGGAGGGUGCACCCAAGUUGCUUAUCAUAAUUAUAACAUGCAUAUUUCUGGCUUUCUACAGUAUCUCUGAGGUCAUAUACCUUGAGUUCGGUGCCACUUAUUUCCAGUACAUACCCAUACGGCUCAGUGCCAGCAAAGCGGCCGAAAUAUUUUCGGCAAUGUCACUGUCCUAUACCAUUGGACGCGGUAUUAACAUAUUUGUUGCCUUCAAAGUCAAACUUCACAUUAUCAUUGCCUAUCAUUUUCUCAUAAUCAUUGCCGCCAUCAUAACCUUACUGACCGUUCAGCACAGCCUCAUACAGCUAUGGAUCGGCUCAUUGAUGCUGUCGUUCGGCUUUUCGCCAAUAUUUCCAGCAGUGUUUGCCUUCAUUGGUCAGCACCUGGAGAUAACCAAUCGUAUCGGAACUGUACUAAUAUUUGCUCAUGCAUGUCUCAACAUUAUUGUGCCAUUUAUUUUGGGUACAUAUCUUGAAAAGUAUCCGUUUGUCUUUCCCGUCGGUAUCAUAAUGAACGUAUCGGUCGGUAUUGUUAUGUAUUUCUUCAUACUGUAUGUUAUACGACAAACCAAAUUGAAAUACAAAGACCUGUCUGAGUACAAGUGUUCCCCACAAUUCAUAGCUACCGCCACCAAUGGCACAGAUAUACCACUGCGCGAGUGUGUGUAAAGUGAAAUGAAUAAACCUUUUUUUCUGCAACUAUUUUAU